AAGAAGAUAAUGGAACCUCAGGUGAUGAAAUAGGAAUGAACAAUGACAUUGCAACAAACAGUGAUGUCAUUGUAAAUAAUAACGGGGUAGCAAAUGAGGAUGUCAUAGCAACUGAUAGGGAUGUCAUAGCAACAAAUGAGGAUGCCACAGCAACUGAUGGGGAUGUCAUAGCAACAAAUGAGGAUGUCAUGGCAACUGAUGCAGAUGCCACAGCAACAAAUGACUAUGUCACAGCAACUGAUGGGAAUGUCAUAGCAACUGAUUGGGAUGUCAUAGCAACAAAUGAGGAUGCUACAGCAGCUGAUGAGGAUGUCAUAGCAACUGAUGGGGAUGUCAUAGCAACAAAUGAGGAUGCCACAGCAGCUGAUGGGGAUGUCAUAGCAACAAAUGAGGAUGUCAUGGCAACUGAUGGGGAUGUCAUAGCAACUAAUGGGGAUGUCAUGGCAACUGAUGGGAAUGUCAUGGCAACUGAUGGGGAUGUCAUAGCAACUGAUGGGGAUGUCAUAGCAACAAAUGGGAAUGUCAUGGCAACUGAUGGGGAUGUCAUAGCAACUGAUGGGGAUGUCAUGGCAACUAGUGAGGAUGUCAUAGCAACUGAUGGGGAUGGCAUAGCAACUAGUGAGGAUGUCAUGGAACAACAAGAACCAGUGCAAGAUGAAAAAAAUAAAGAUAUAGUACAAAAUACGCUUGAGUGCUUGCAGGAAGAAGAAACAGCAACAUCUGAAGUGGUAGCGGAGAAGAUCACAACUGAUACUGCAGCAGAGAAGUCUAUUGACCCUGAUCUCUCUGUGGAGAAAGCUGUGCUUGCAGCACAAGAAACAGCAACUGUCACUGCAGAGCCAGUCAUAGAGGAAGAAGAGGAUGCAGUUGUUGCCAAGCAACAAGAGAUAGAUGAUGUUAAGGAUGAAGCAAAUGCAGUGGCUGAAUCUCAGGAUGAUG